CCAGUAUGGCUUCUGCACCAACUUCUAAAUAUAAUUCACGCUCCUUGGAAAAUGAGUCUAUUAAGAGGACUUCUAGGGAUGGAGUCAAUCGGGAUCUCAGUGAGGCUGUUCCUCGACUUCCAGGAGAAAUUCGCAUUACUGACAAAGAAGUUAUUUACAUAUGUCCUUUCAAUGGCCCCAUUAAGGGAAGAGUUUACAUCACAAAUUAUCGUCUUUAUUUAAGAAGUUUGGAAACGGAUUCUGCUCUAAUACUUGAUGUUCCUUUGGGAGUGAUCUCAAGAAUUGAAAAAAUGGGAGGCGCCACAAGUAGAGGAGAAAAUUCCUAUGGUCUAGAUAUUACUUGUAAAGUAAGAGAUUCAGUACUUUCUUAUGUGAAAAAAGGCACAUUAAUGUUGAAUGAUAAGUGGUCUGCUCUGGAGCUCUGCGGCUCGGACUCUGUCAGCAUGGCGGUCUUCGCAGGCCCAGUCCAGCUGCUCCUGUCCCUGAACCUGCAAGAGGACACCAAGUUUCACAAAGAGAUGGCUCAGGCCCGCCGGAGUGCAACUAAGAAACAGAAGCAACUUACUCCUGGAGUAAUUUAUGUGGGCCACCUAUCUCCAGCACUUUACGAAACCCGGAUCCAAGCAUAUUUCUCCCAGUUUAGCACUGUUAAGAAAUUCAGGCUGUCCAGAAGUAAAAGGACUGGAAAUAGCAGAGGCUAUGCCUUCAUGGAAUUUGAAUCUGAAGAUGUUGCCAAGAUAGUUGCUGAAACAAUGAACAAUUACGUUUUUGGUGAAAGACUCUUGAAGUGUCAUUUUAUGCCACCUGAGAAAGUACACGAAGAACUUUUUAGAGAGUGGCAUCUUCUGUUUAAGAAUCCGUCUUAUCCAGCACCAAUAUUUGCAUUUGUAAACGAAGAAAAGUUUAACGUGGAUGGAUGGAUGGUUUAUAAUCCAGUUGAAGAAUACAGAAGGCAGGGCUUGCCCAAUCACCACUGGAGAAUAACUUUUAUUAAUAAGUGCUAUGAACUGUGUGACACUUACCCCCCUCUCUUGGUGGUUCCAUUUCGUGCCACAGAUGAAGAUCUCAAGAGAGUUGCAACUUUCAGAUCCCGAAAUCGAAUUCCAGUGCUGUCAUGGAUUCAUCCAGAAAACAAGACAGUCAUUGUGCGUUGCAGUCAGCCUCUCGUCGGAAUGAGUGGUAAACGAAAUAAAGAUGAUGAAAAAUAUCUUGACGUCAUCAGAGAGACUAACAGACAAAUUUCUAAACUCACGAUUUAUGAUGCAAGACCCAAUGUUAAUGCAGUGGCCAAUAAGGCAACAGGAGGAGGAUAUGAAAGUGAUGAUGCAUAUCAUAACACCGAGCUUUUCUUCUUAGACAUUCAUAACAUUCAUGUUAUGCGGGAAUCUUUAAAAAAAGUCAAAGACAUUGUUUAUCCCAAUGUGGAAGAAUCUCACUGGUUGUCCAGUUUGGAGUCAACUCAUUGGUUAGAACAUAUCAAGCUUAUUUUGACAGGAGCCAUUCAAGUAGCAGACAAAGUUUCUUCAGGGAGGAGCUCUGUGCUCGUGCACUGUAGUGAUGGAUGGGACAGGACUGCCCAGCUGACGUCCCUGGCCAUGCUGAUGUUGGACAGCUUCUAUCGGAGCAUCGAAGGGUUUGAAAUAUUGGUACAAAAAGAAUGGAUAAGUUUUGGACAUAAAUUUGCAUCUAGAAUAGGUCAUGGUGAUAAAAAUCACGCGGAUGCUGACCGAUCUCCUAUUUUUCUCCAGUUUAUUGAUUGUGUAUGGCAAAUGUCAAAACAGUUCCCUACAGCUUUUGAAUUCAAUGAACGAUUUUUGAUGACAAUUUUGGAUCAUCUGUAUAGUUGCCGGUUUGGUACUUUCUUAUACAACUGUGAAUCUGCUAGAGAAAGACAGAAAGUUACAGAAAGAACAGUUUCUUUAUGGUCGCUGAUAAACAGUAAUAAAGACACAUUCAAAAAUCCCUUCUAUACUAAAGAAAUCAAUCGAGUUUUAUAUCCAGUUGCCAGUAUGCGUCAUUUGGAACUUUGGGUGAAUUACUACAUUAGAUGGAACCCCAGAAUCAAACAACAGCAGCCAAAUCCAGUGGAGCAGCGUUACAUGGAGCUCCUGGCAUUGCGCGACGAAUACAUAAAGCGGCUGGAGGAGUUGCAGCUCGCCAACUCUGCCAAGCUUUCUGAUCCCUCAACUUCACCUUCCAGCCCUUCACAGAUGCUGUCCCACGUGCAAACGCACUUCUGAGAGGGAGCCUUGCCCAAUGCUGAGUUUGAGCUCUGAAUAAAGGAAAUAGUUGACUUUCAUUUGGGGCCUCUGUACAAAGUAGAUUAAAAUAUUUGCCUCCAUGUAGAACUUGAACUAACAUAAUUUUACUCUUGAAUAUGUGCCUUCUAGAUUACAUAUUACAAGAAAACUACAGUGUCUACACGGCAGUCAGAAGAAAGGAUCCCAGAUGGGGUUUUGGAAAAAUUCUGAUACCUUUCAAAAGAAGUUUUUGAAAACUAUAAAGCUUAAAUUUAAUUUGCCUCUUUAGAAGUGCUGUGUAUACAAUAUGUAAUUUAUGGGCUUAAUUGCAACAACAUUAUUUUAAACUAAAGGGGAUAAACGUUUUGUGAAAUGGAUUUUCCUCAGGUUGCUUAAAAGCAUUGCUUCAUAUCAUCUAAAACGAAUGCAGAUGUGAAAGGUGUGUUACUGCCAAAAUCAAAUUGAGCUCAGCUUCUGAGGCAUUAUCCAAAAGCAAGGUAUUUCAAUAAUUGCCAAAUUUUAUACCAUCAUAAGUGGUGACUUAAGGAGAACUAGCUGUGUAGAUUAAAUUUUGGAAUAUGAGGUGUUUUCCCCUAAUUUUCAAGAGAAGCAUAUUUUUAUAUUAAAAAAAAACACUGAUGGGGCCCAGUUUAAUAUGAUUUGAUUUUUUAAAACUUUGCCAGUUCUAUUUUCGAAGUUUUUCCUUGAGCUUGCCUAAAAUUCUGACCCCUUUUCAGGUUGUGGGAAACCACUUAGAUAGCACUGUGCAAGGAUGUCGGGUGUCAUAUGCUGCUGAGGUGAAUGUUUUCACAAAUGUUGCUCUAGUCAAACCAGCUUAUCUGCCAAAGCGUAGGGUUGACCAUCUUGGAUGUUUAAGCUAUUGCUAAAGCAUCAUUUUUUUUUUUUAAAUAAAAGCUGCAGAUGUA